UAAUACGACUAAAACUCUUCUUCUUCCUUUUCCUCUCGUCUAUCUCUUAAUACAUCAACUUUAGUUCCGUGUGUUAGUAUCUCUCUCUGUCUCUAUCUCUGUAUAAUCCGAUUUGGGGGAGGUCUUUGAGGCAAAGCUGCUUCUAUGCCAUAUUGUAGAGAAAAUGGGCGAGUCUAAGGGGAAUGGGAAAGUAGGAGGACGAGUGAUUACAAAUGUUAUGUCUGCAAAUUCUUACAACGUCUCCCUUGAGUUAUCUCCAGUUGUUUCUUUUUGGGAUUGUAUUGUCCGCACCAUGAGGUAUUCCUAUAUACCUGAGUGGGUGUAGUACUAGUUCUUCACAUCCUUCCACCACAGCAUUAGCGAGUUUUUUUAGUUCAGUUUAUUUUUAGUUACAAUUAUAGUUAUAUAUAGAGAGAGAGAGUGAAAGCUAGUAAUGGAUUGCAAGCAAGUUCAGCCAUUAGCUAGGAAAGGGAAGAAGAAACACAACGGUAAAGAUGAAUUCGAUCGUGUCAAACAAGCUGAGAAGAAGAAGAGACGUCUCGAGAAAGCUCUUGCUACUUCUGCUGCCAUCAGGGCCGAGCUGGAAAAGAAGAAGCAGAGGAAACUUGAAGAACAACAGAGGUUAGAUGACGAAGGUGCUGCUAUCGCAGAAGCUGUUGCUCUCCACGUCCUACUGGGCGAAGAUUCUGAUGAUUCAUCAUCUCGAGUCAUGCUUGGCCAAGAAAAGGCUUGUUUCAAGAUGGAUCAUCUGUUUAGAGGUGAAAACUACGUUCCUCUUCAAAGCUGCGCUAGCUAUGCGGUUCAAGGGAUUGGGUUUGUGUCCAACGGUUACGGAUUAGGAGACAGUAGUAGCUGGUCGCCCUUCAUGAGGGAAUCUUGGGAUAGCAACAUGGGAAUAUCAGCUGAUGAUCUGAUCGCUGCUCAGGCUGUCUCAUCGCUAAGGAUAUCUGAAAACACCGACAGGAAUCCCUUUGUGCUUAAGGGUAUGUUCCGGGGAUGAAAAAUCGCCAUGAUUCCAGAUUUGAUUGCUAAAUUCAGCUUUUGUUAUGAUAUAUAAGUUUGCGAAUAAUGUUGUUUUAUUUCGGUGUGAGUUUGAUGUGUUUUUUUUUCCUGUUUUCUUUUCUUCCCUGCUAUAUUAUGGACGCAUUGCGAGUUGUAUUCGUUAUACAUGUUGAAAUCUCUUCUUCAUAUCUUUA